AUGCUGGAAAGUGAGAGCUUCUAUAAUUCGGGUCUUUCUUGUGUCCACAAUGGGGUCCUUUUUGUAAGGUCAUUGUGGACGAGUAGGCUGGCUCUCAAAGGCCAACAGAAAAAAUGCAGGCCCAAAAUGGUAGUAUUAGGAUCUCGUGAGCAAUUAUGCAUUCAUGAGGAAGUGAGUUUGCUCCAUGGAAGAACCCAGACAAAUGCCUGUCAUUCCCUUUGUAGAAAGCGCAAAAAGCAAUAUUGCCGCCAUUUUCCUCGUGUUACAGAAUUCAUGAAGGAAAAUCCCAGUAUUGGAGAUCAACCUAUUGAUAUAGAGGAUUUGGUCAAUAUUGGAAAAAGCUGUGGAGCGUGCCCUUAUUAUAUGUCACGAGAGCUCCACAAGGUUGCUGAUAUCGUAUUUGCACCUUAUAACUAUCUUAUUGAUCGUGGGAACAGAAAAUCUCUUUCGAUUAGGUGGAACAACAGCAUACUGAUAUUUGAUGAAGCUCACAACUUGGAAAGCUUAUGUGCAGAUGCUGCAUCUUUUGACCUGCCUUCAGGAAUUCUGACAACUUGCAUUUCUGAAGCAAAAAAUUGCAUAGACCUUUCUAUUGCAAGGAGGGAAAUCUCAAAUGACAAAUCAUGUAAUCCAGAUAAUUUUGCUAUUCUUAGAGCGCUUCUGUUAAAACUUGAGAAGCGAAUUGCUGAAAUACCUAUUGAAUCCAAAGAAUUGGGUUUUACCAAGCCUGGGCCUUACAUUUACGAACUACUUGCUGAUCUGAAUGUCACACAUAAAACUUCCACAAAGCUGAUUAAUAUAAUUGAAGAAGCGACUUUGCUUCUUGAGGAGGAUGCAAAUGCCACUGAUAGUGGAGGGCCACACAAGGUGAAAGGAACCGUAUGCAGACUGGAAAGCAUGGGUGACAUUCUUGGAAUAAUUUUCAGAGAUGGGGGUAGAGCUCAUGCUGAAUAUUAUCGUUUUCAUGUUCAGGAAGUUGAAGCAAGUGCUACAGCUGCUUUUAAAGGUAGGGCAUCUAGAACACUCAGCUGGUGGUGUUUUAAUCCAGGAAUUGCCAUGGAAGAAUUCUCCAAGUUGGGUGUUGGAUCUAUCAUUUUGACAUCUGGCACAUUAUCUCCAUUGGAUUCGUUUGCUCAGGAAUUUAAGUUAGAAUUUCCUGUUCGAUUGGAGAACCCUCAUGUUAUAUCAGCAAAUCAGAUAUGGGCUAGAGUUGUACCAGCUGGUCCAUCUGGUUACUCUUUCAACUCUUCAUAUCGGAGUCGUGAUUCCAUAGAAUACAAGCUGGAGCUUGGUAAUGCUAUUGUGCACUUGAUGAAGAUGUCAUUAACAUUCUUAGUCAAUUUUGCUCGAAUUGUACCGGAUGGACUGCUAGUAUUUUUUCCAUCUUACUACCUUCUGGACCAAUGUAUUGGAUGCUGGAAGAAUAUGAAUCAUACAAACUCAACAAAUUCCAGCACAAUCUGGGAGAGAAUCUGCAAACAUAAGCUACCUGUCGUUGAACCUAGACAAUCAUCACUUUUCCCUUUGUCAAUUGACGACUAUAUGACUAAGUUGAAGGACUCCUCAACUUCUGGUGCAGUAUUUUUCGCAGUUUGUCGUGGCAAGGUGUGAUUUCAUCAUGAAAUUUAAGCAACACUUUCUUGCUGUGUUGUGGAAAACAUUUCCAUUUUUCUGUUGCGCU